ACUGGAUAUCUGGGACCGGUUUCCCAAAGGCAUCUUAAGGCAUCCAAUGGUUCUAAUGAUGAACUUAGCCAUAAGGUGCUUUUGAGAAACAAGGCCCUGAUUAACUCUAGAUCAGUGUCUCUAAAUCUGGACAGUUGCUGCUCUGACGAAAUUGACCGGGAGAGUGACACAGAAGGAAUGGAUGAGGACUCUGUGAGUGACCACAGUUAUGAUUGCAGCGCGGAAGAAAUGUUUUUGGAAGGAAAAGAUCCACUUUUAGACCAUGGUAGAGACUCUGACUCUGAUGACCUCUGGGUGCCACUCCAAAGAGACCACAGUCCUCCAUCCCCUACUCAUUCAAACGUAGGAACUGGUUCCUCCAGUAUGAUCCCUGCUGCUGCUGCCUCUGGCUCCACACCCACCCCGGCCUGGCCAUCUAGAGGUGUGAAGAGGCCAGCCCAGAAGCGGAGGAGGGCCAGUGAACCAGCGACAACUUCCACCGAGGCAGAGGACCGCUGGCACACUGUGCUAGAAGAUGAUGUGGAGCCACUUCCACCAACAUUUAGACCGAAAAGGCAGCCAGGACCUCAGCUGGACAUGACUGCAAAUUACAGCCCCCUUCAUCUUUUCCAGAUGUUUUUCUCCUUGUCAGUUCUUGAUUCGCUGGUGUCUAACACCAACAAGUAUGGGGCUAAGAAACAAGGAGGCAAGAAAGAGGCAUGGAAGCCCAUUUCCAUCCAAGACCUGUACUGUUACAUCUCACUGGUCAUCUACAUGGGGCUGGUGAAGUUGAAAACCCUGGAGGACUACUGGAGAACGUCAACACUCUACCAACUGCCUUUCCCCUUCACUGUCAUGUCUUCUAAAAGGUUUCUGACUAUCUCACGGGCGCUUCAUAUCAGUGACCCACAAGUUGACGACGACAAUGACAAGAAGAGAGGCACAGCAAGCUUUGAUAGGCUCUGCAAAAUCAAACCUCUCUACCCCAGCAUGGUUGAGGCCUGCAAGACCCAUUUUCAGCCCAACCAGAACCUGUACAUAGAUGAGAGGAUGGUAGCCUCAAAGGCUGGAAUUGGCCGGAAACAUUAUAUGCGUAACAAGCCAACAAAAUGGGCUUACAAGCUGUUUGUUUUGGCCGAUCCUGUGUGUGCCUACAAUUGGAAUUGUUUUGUUUAUGAGGGGAAAUCCAUCUCAGCCACCGGUAAGGGACUUAGUUAUGAUUCCGUUAUGGAAUUAUUGGAUUUUCAACUGCUGGGGACGGGCUACAAACUGUUUGUGGACAACUUUUACACAAGCCCUACCCUGUUCACAGACCUGAGGAAGCUGAAUGUGUGGGCUUGUGGCACCAUUCGUACCAACAGAGUGGGUUUUCCCAAAACAAAAGUAAACGACAUGCCUAAGAGGGCUGAUAGGGGUACCAUGCGAUGGAUUCGUAAACAUGACCUGCUCUUUGUAAAGUGGAUGGAUACCAGAGAGGUGGUCAUGUGCUCCAGUAUCCACAAAUCCUUCAGUGGCAAUCACGUCGACAGGCGUGUGAAGGACGCUAAUGGGGCAUGGACCACAAAAAAUGUCCCCAUUCCUGCUGCUGUGAAGGAUUACAACAAGAGCAUGGGAGGUGUGGACCUGUCAGACGCUCUGAUAGGCUACAACAAUGUUCUCCACAAGACAAUGAAAUGGUACAGGACAUUGUUCUAUCACUUCAUUGACAUUGCUGUGGUGAAUGCAUUCGUCCUUCAUAAGGAAAUGGAUAAGAGCUAUGGACAGACCCCCAUGACACAGCUAGCCUUCAGAGAGCUGCUCAUCCAGGAGCUUGCUGACUACGGCACAAAGUCCACUGCAGCACCUUCUGUCCGCUCUACAUCUGUCCCCUCUACUCCUGUCGCCAGUGGUGUUCACCUGCCAAAAUACAUCACUGCAAACCUGAAUGUGCCUCUGGGUAAAAAGAGCACAGCAGGGAGGCGUCGUUGUGUUCUGUGUCACAAGAAAUCUCCCAUCACCUGCUCUACUUGUUCUGUUACCCUCUGCUUCACAGCAGAGAGAGACUGCUAUGGGACUUGGCAUCAGCAGCACAAUCUGGUGUAGAGGUGUUACCCUCUGCUUCACAGCAGAAAGAGACUGCUAUGGGACUUGGCAUCAGCAGCACAAUCUGGUGUAGAGGUGUUACCCUCUGCUUCACAGCAGAAAGAGACUGCUAUGGGAC